CUCGACCCGCCUGUGGCCACCACCUCGCACUUUACCUCGGCUGUAGCUUUCGAUCCUCACCCCCAACCCAAACUGGACCCUCAGUCCUCAUUUCUGUCCCAUUCCCAACCCUGGUCCAAUCUUGAUCCCGUCCACAGCAAUCCCAAUCCCAGCCCCAGUUUCGUUCCUCAUCCCAAACCCUGUCCCAAAUUUCAGUCCUCACCUCAAGCCUAUCCCCAAUUUCGUUCCUCAUCCUCACCCUUGACAAGCACAAAACCGUCACACUUCCAAUCCCAUUCCCGAUCCUAAUCCCGGUUGUAAUUGUGUUCCGAACCUUUAAUCUCAGUUCCAGUCCUUAACCCAUCCCAGGUCAUUUGUUACUGAAUCCCCCUUUGCCUCAAUGGGUACUAAUAUCGUGCUGGAGUGGCUGAAGAGCCUGAAGUUGGCUCAGUACGGUGAAUCCUUCUUGGACAACGGCUACGAUGACCUGGAGGUCUGUAAACAGAUUGGGGAGCCAGAUCUGGACGCUAUUGGGGUUGAGAGUCCCGGGCACCGUCAUCUCAUCAAAGCGGCUGUAGCCCGGCUCCGUGAGGAGGAGGAAACUGGCGCGGUAGUCUACUUCACUUUGGAGCCGUGGGCUGGAGCCCUUUGCCAGCCCUACAUUUACGCCAAGCUGAAGGAAUGCCAGCCUAGGCUCAGGACCCUGCUGUGGAAGAGAACACGAGGAGCCAGUAGGGAAAUGCAGAAUGCCAUGGGAUCAAAAAGGAGAGCAGGCCAUAAGAAGAGGGUAAUUUAUUCCAAACUCAUGUUGAAGAUCAAAGAAAAGCGGCGGCGGAGCGGCAGUUAUUUGCGGAAACUUCCUUAUUACAACAAGGAUGGAUCACUGGGACACAUUGAUGACCUGGCUCAGCAGUACACAGAAUACUACAACACUUGCCUCAGUGACGGUGCUGAUCGGAUGGAAGAGCUCUACACGCGUAGCGUUUCAGAGGAUCCCGAACUGGAAAGUUCGGCUGCCAAUUCACCAUCCCCACAGCUGCCGUCUGAGACUGGAGAGUCACGUGUGUUGGGGAGUGCAGUGUCAACACCAGAGAGUGAAAGGAAGCAUUUGAUUUGUAAGUCGAGCUCGGAGGACGGAUCAGUUGGAAGUGCUGAUUGGAAAAAGAAAAAUAAAUCCUUUUGGCAGAGUUUUCGGAAACUGCAGAAAGGGAGUGCAGCGCGGGAAUUAUGUAAAGGAGAUGAUGUUGGAUUCGUGGCCAGUGAGAUUACCAUGAGUGACGAAGACCGCAUUGAGCUGAUGAUGAUGGUCAAAGAUAAGAUGAUAACAAUAGAGGAGGCACUUGCCAAGCUCAAAGAAUACGAGUGUCACAGCAGAGUGUCUCUGAGUACAGAUCCGGCCCACUUGGCACGUGGAACCCAAGAGCAUUUUGAUGAAUCCUCGGAUGGUGGAAUAUGGGAACAGUUGGAUGAUGAUGUCCAAGAGGUGAAGUUUAAAAGGCUCCACAAGUUGGUUUCUUCAAAACGCAGAUCAAAAAAGAAACUGGUCAAAGUGGAAGAAAUGAAGAAUGCACCUACUGCAGAAAACAUUUGCGAUGGGACCUGCAGCAAACAGGUGGAGUCUCUACAGGAUGAAAGAUCGCUGAAUUUUUUCAGGCCAAAGGGCAGCAAGACACAGCUGUGCUUAAACGAAUUGCUGCAGAAACAGACUGUGGAAGAUCCUGCACCCUUAACAACGCCCUGUGGCUCCUCGUCUCCCAGUAGUCUGGAAGGACAGACUGGGAAGAAGCUUCUCAAGCCUCUUCACAUAUCACCUGAUAUCAGUGCCAUAAUGCCUCCAAAGAAAUCAGGGAAAAAGUCGUCUGACUCAGAAAGCAGUGAAGGCAAGUCGCACAAGGUUCCCUACUCACCAACUGACAGUGAGGUGUGCAGGAGCCUUGCAGCUCAGCAACAUGGGUGUGAUUGUAAGGACAGCCCCGGCAGUGAGAAGGGGGGCACAGUAAAGUCCCCCACAAAUUCACGGAAAUCACUGAGCAGAAAGGUCAAGUCAGUAAAAGAGACGGUCAGAAGGAAGAUUACAAAGACGUACAGCGGUACCACCACUCCCCAGUUGACCUCUGACGUAGUGCCACCCACUGCCCAGCUUCCCGACCCAGCUGACAGAUCAAGGCUCAAGCUGGCAGGCGGUGGUUCGGUGGAGAGUCUGCGGAGUUCCUUGAGUGGCCAGAGCUCAAUGAGUGGUCAAACAGUGAGUACCACAGACUCGUCAGCCAGCAACAGAGAGAGUGUGAAAUCAGAAGAUGGGGAGGAGGAGGAAUCCGCCUACCAGGGCCCUUUCUGUGGCCGGGCGAGAGUCCACACUGAUUUUAUUCCGAGCCCAUACGACACUGAUUCACUGAAACUCAAGAAAGGUGACGUUAUAGAUAUAAUCAGCAAGCCCCCAGGAGGGACGUGGAUGGGUCUGUUGAACAAUAAGGUGGGAACAUUUAAGUUCAUCUACAUGGAUGUUGUGAACGAUGAAGUGGAAAAGCCAAAAAGGCCGAGGAGGAGGAGACGGGGAGGCAAGCACCCCAAACCCCAAACUGUUCAGGAGCUGCUCCAGCGAUUUGACCUUGAGCAACACAUGCCAACUCUGUUGUUGAAUGGCUACGAGGACUUGGACACGUUUAAGCUGCUGCAGGAGGAGGACUUGGACGAGCUGAACAUCUUGGAACCAGAGCAGAGGUCCCGGCUGCUGCUGGCUGUCGAACUCCUGCAUGACUACGACAGUAACAGUGACAAGGAUCUGGCGGGUGAAUGUGCUUCCCAGGAGACUUUGCCUCACUAUUCUAUUAAGACUGCUGGUUCAGACCUGCAGAGACAUUCUCCGUGGGACUCGGGCUGCUUUGAGGAGAGUGGAUUUCCUGACAAUGCUUUGGACCUAGGAAAGGACAAGCAGCCAAAUACAGAAGGCAAAAGCAGGAAGUCCUGGCCAUUGGUGACAGCAGGAUCAUUGGCAAAGCCUGGGUUGCAGUUCAAGUGCCCACCGUCAGGAUACCUGGCCGUUCAGCCCACCAACUCUUUCGGGAACAUACACUUUGGGAGAGAUAAGGAGAAGCCCGAGACCCUGUGCGGCUCCCCCUGUGUGCAGCUCGGUUACCCCGGACGCUCUGUGCCUCUCAGAAGGUGCCAGAGGUUGCAGGCCAGUGCAAGCUCUGAGGACCUGGCGCAUGGCCAUUCUGUUCAGAAGCAGUGGCGGCGAUCUCGCUCUUUGGAUGAGCUGCGCCGAGGUGCCUGCUCUCCCUCCGAAGCUGACUCAGGUGCAGGAACUUGGGCUGCGCCACCUCUGCCAAGCAGGCUCGGCACGGAGCCGGACGCCUGCAGUCGAAGCGCCCGCAGCUGCGGCGCAGCAGAGUCCUGCCAGUCAGAGCUGGUUUCGGGCGGGGCUGCGGGACCCCCGGGAGGACAGCCCUGUGGCACUGGCCUUCGCCCUGCCCUGCCGAUGGGCCGAGUGGCCAGCCCACACCAGGCUUCAGAAGGGAAGGACAUGCUCUCCCCGGUUACAAAGUGUGACCCGCCCGGUCAAACAGCACUAACGCCAUUUCAGCAAGCAGGCAACUGCAGAGAUCGAGCAGGGGUCUGUGGCUUGACAAAAAACAAGGAAACUGUGACUGAAAACAAGGCACACAGCCACCACCCUUCUCAGCCACCACCUGUGCCUGCCAAGAAAUGCAGAGACUAUAUGAGAAAUGGAAUACACCCCGUGCCUCAUGUAUUGAACAACUCCAACCCUUCCAUCAGCAGCAGGUACGGACUGGUGCCUAACUUGCACGUGCGCUGUCCCGCUGCAGAGCCAGCCAGCUCACCACUGGUCACUCAGACCCCCUGCUUACCAGAGACUGCACUCCCCGAGACCUCCUGCACACCACAGCUGAGAGUGAAGCUGUGUCCUGCCUCUGAAAGGAAGACCCCCCGGAUGAGAGAAGCAGAACUGGAAACGUUAAUAGAGAGCAAACUAGAAUCAGAAACGAUUGAUCUCACAGAGAAACCCUACUCUGAUAAGCAUGGUCGCUGCGGGAUUCCGAUGGCACUAAUACAGAGGUAUUCGGAGGACUUGCAGCAUUCAGCGGAGCAAGUGGCUGUAGCUAUGGACCUUGUGAGAGUCAAACAGCUUCGCAAGCAGCAUCGAAUGGCAAUUCCGAGUUCCUUCGAUAGGAUGAGCAGAAAAUCGCCGGCCAUAGAAAUGCCCAAGUCUUCGCGGAGCUGAUCUUCAUAGGACCGGCACGUACCUCAUCUCAUCAUCAGCAUCUGAUGCAGUACUCCAAGGCAUUAGUUAGAAACCUGACGGAAGCAAGGCCACCAGGUCCCCAGGGUAACCCGGUGUGAACACAGAGGCACAGGCCGUCUUCCAUUCCUUCACUCCCCACCAGUGACGGGUUUUGAACAGCGGGACCUGUCGGUGGUACGGCAGUACAAAGUGAACAGGGUGAUAGAAGAAGUGGGGUGGAGCUGAGAUGCCCACCAUGAGGUUGUGGGGUGACGGCAAGGAGCUCUCCUGACAAGGCAGUGCGCCUCCUUGGUAGAGAGGGCUUCAACAGAGGUCAUUGCCAGUGUUUUCUCCUCACUGCCGCCAUUCAUAUGCACGUUGCAAAACUAGCCACCGCUGUGUCAAAUGAUCACUGAACAUUUUCAGGGUGAAGCAUGCCCAUUGAAGCAGCUCCCUCACUUUCCAUCCCAGGCUCAUGCUCGGUGUACAGAGAUCCCUCCGACUGCCCACUUGUGGCUCCUUCUCAGAGCCUGAACACUCUUCUCGCUGUCCAUUCUGGGCCACCACUCUGUAUGAAGAUCCUUCUCACUCUCCAUUCUAAGCCCAUACUUGUUAGCUUGAUUCCACUAAUUAUCCAAUACUAUUCACUUUGCUUUACUCGGCAAAUUACGCAUAGUUGUGACCUGGAGUGAAAAUAUGCCAUAACUCCAGUACUUAUAACAUAUCCCUUUAUCAUUGUGGUAGCAAGUUGGUGGGUGGUCUUGUUGGCUUUGGGUCUGUCUGAAUCACGUCACCUCUCUGUGCCAUAUGCAAUCUAUAUUUGUGAAACUCAAAUCUUAUAAAGUGGAACUGGAUUUUGGAAUGAUGCAGAAGUAAUUCAUAAAUGUUUGUACAUAGAAGAUCAAGGAGGUAUGUUUCAUUGAAUUAAGAUUUGAGCACACCAGGUGCCAUUUGGACUCUUGUGUCUGUGUGAGCUAUUCAUUUGGAACUCCACCUUGCAUUUCCCAGCCCUUUUCCCUGUAUUCUUCCAAGAUUCCAGGAACCUUCCACUGCCAUUCCUCCUGGGCCCAGAGGAAGGGUUUUAUUUCUUGCCUUCAGCUCCAGGAUCCUGGCAAGUUCUGUUAACCUUAUGAAGGCCAAAGGAACCAGAAUUCCCAUAGGGUUAUGCAAGGAAUUCCCUGAAUCCUAUUACUUGCUCAGGACUUGAAGAAGAGCAUUGGGUGCUCCACUGAUUGAAGUCAGCUCGAGCCACUGCACAUUCCACCAGAAAUGUAUUCUGUCCCAGAUUCCAUAAAUUCCAUUCUCCCCAUUCCCCCUCCAAUCCACUUUGUGUUUCCCAUUCCACCCAGAAUUCUGGAUCCUACAUGUUUACCUAAAGUAGCAAUGUAAUCCUGAUGCCAGCUUAAGGCUUCUGUAUAACUAAUUCUGGUUCUGUAAUCAAAAGCAAAACUGCAGACGCUGGAAAUCUGAAAUUAAAACAGAAAAUGCCGGAAACACUCAGCAGGUCAGGCAGCAUCUGUGGAGAGAGAAACGAGUCAAUGUGUCAGUUUGAAGGAGGGUCUCUGAGUGAAACACAAACUCUUGUUUCUGACAGAAAGUCUUUAACCUUAAAUGUAAACUCAUUUCUGACGAAGGCUCUUUGAUCUGAAACAUUAACUGUUUCUCUCUCCACUGGUUCUGCCUGACUGUUUCCAUCAUUUGUCUGUUUUUAUCUCCAGUUACUCAACAUUUCCUUCUAAUUUCCAUCGCUUAGCUUUAAAUAUUUCGAGCUCUUUUGUGACAUUUGCAAAUGUUAAAAAAUAUAAUCUUCUAAUUCUCCAUCUGGAUUUGAUGCUACUUAGAACUGGAUCAUAUUCUUGAGAUGUAUACUGGUCAGUGUCCAAGUCUCAUGUUAAAUGUUGCCAGCGAAAUUAAAAUACUGAAAGCAGCACAAAAUUAAACUGAUGCACUUUUUGUAUUUGAGAAUAUUUAAGUAACUUAUUAUAUGUUUCUUUUCCUUAACAAUGUAACUAUAACAUACCAGUAGCAAAACCUUAUAAAAUGUAGUCUAUCAGAGUUGUACCUUGUGUAACUUGAGGUAUUGUAUGUGUAAAUAUUCUUAACUUGUUUCAUUUAGCAGAAUAAAGUAACAGUUGG